UCCCCGCCUCGUCCUCUCUCCUCCUGUUGUCUCCCCCGCCACUCUGUCUACUCCUGUCAUCCUGUAAGUGUUCGUGAAGCUGCUGUGAGACGCUGCAACCAUGGCUGCUACUGGAUCUUACCGUGUGGUGUCAGAGGAGGAGCAGACCAUGAGGUCCAAGAUGGAACAUUUGACAGUGAAGGAUCAUGGGCCGGUGUUUGGGCCUUGCCACAAACUGCCUUGUCACACAGUGCAAAAAGCAAAGGAUGAGCUGUACGAGACGGAUGAGAGGCGGGUGUCGUCACUGAAGGACCUGCGGGUCGUGAUGAAGGAGAGAGCAGCAGAGGGAGACGACCUGGCUAAACUGGUGCUGGAGCAGUUCGGGGAUAAACCGGACUCUCUGAUGUUGCGUUUUCUGAGAGCUCGCAAGUUUGAUGUUGUCAGAGCUCACGAGCUCAUGAAGGGUUAUGUGCGCUUCAGGAAAGAGUAUCCUGAACUGUUUGAGAACCUGACACCUGAGGCGGUCCGCAGCACCAUUGAGGCAGGUUACCCUGUGGUUCUGCCUAGCAGGGACAAGUACGGCCGCGUAGUACUGCUCUUCAACAUUGAGAACUGGGACCUGGAGGAGAUCACAUUCGACGAGAUCUUAAGGGCGUACUGUAUGAUCCUGGAGAAGUUGCUCGAGAAUGAAGAAACCCAGAUUAACGGCUUUGUCCUGAUAGAGAAUUUCAAAGGCUUCACCAUGCAGCACGCCUCAGGAAUUAAACCAGCUGAGCUGAAGAAGAUGGUGGACAUGCUGCAGGAUUCGUUCCCUGCCCGUUUCAAGGCGGUGCACAUCACUCACCAGCCCUGGUACUUCACCACUACCUACAACGUGGUCAAACCCUUCAUGAAGAGCAAGCUGCUGGAGAGGAUCUUUGUUCACGGGGACGUGCUGGAUAACUACAUCAAAGAAUUCGAUGCAGACAUCCUGCCUUCAGAUUUUGACGGGAAAGCCUCUGUUACUGACUGCCAUGCCAUCGCCACCAAGCUUUUUGGCUCUGAGGACACUGCUCUUUGAAAGAACAGUCCAAAACCCAGGAGUCAUAGUGUCCUUCACCCUAAAUGCCUCAGAUAUGUGGUCUGUUUUGAAGCUAGGUUGACAUUUUUAUUAUUAUUAUUAUUCAGGCAGAGUGAAAAAGAAGUAUGUAGUGUUAGGAGCAGGGUGUGGUUUGAUAUAUAUAUGGAGAUAUAAAUGGGAAAGAAAAAGGAUGUUUAGAUGGUUAUCGUUUGUUCUUUUACAGCACUGAUUCCUUGUUACUUUGUGUGCAGAGCGGGAAAAUGAGGGAGGUCGUGAUGUGACGGUGCAGCUCACAUCUAGAGAGUUUGGAGUUCCUCGCCUUAAGGUUGACUUUCACAACAGCUUUGUGCCUCCAAUCCUGUCAGACGAAUGAGUACAGAAGUUUAUCAGUCUCGGGGUGUGAAUUUUAGAAAGAUAUUAAGAGGGAAGCUGAUGGUGGAUUAGCCUGCAUUUGAUUAUUGUUUUAGGAGCGGGAUUCCCUGAUGCAGUGCGAUGAAAACUGUCUCAACAGCCUUGUUUGAGUUGUGACACUCGGAUGCCUGAUGUAUACCACAAAGAUCCAUUCUGCAAUUUGCACUGG